AUGGUCGAAAAACAUUCAUUGGAGAAAGCUCAUUCUUCUCCAACAGCAGCAACAGCAUCCGGCAUUCAUCAAGGACGACAACAUAUGGCUCAAAACUACCUUCUUCUCUGGGCAGAUACCAACAUCGAUCAAACAAAUCAAGAUUAUGAAAAUACAUUAAAACAAAUACGAACUAUUACUGGUGAUGUCAUUGUCUUCAAGGAACGAGAUGCAUGUAUCGACUUUCUUACAGAUGCUCAAGAUGACACCAAGUCUUUUCUCAUUAUCAAAGAUAACAUAUUUAAUCAAAUAAUACCCCUCAUUAAUGAUAUUCCUCAGCUCGAUAGUGUUUAUAUCUUCAAUGAUCUUAAUAAUCUACAUGAUGAAUGGGUAAAAAAUUGUGACAAAAUUAAGAGCAUUCAUACUAACAUCGAUGAUCUAUGCCAAGCAUUACAAAUCGGUGUCAAACAGUUCAAUCAAGACUCAAUAGCCAUGAGUUUUAUCACAGUAAAGGAAAUGACUUUAACCGAUGAUUUAAAUCAGUUGGAGCCAACUUUUAUGUAUACUCAGCUAUUCAAGGAAAUUCUUCUUGAUAUGGAAUAUGGUGAACAGGCCAUCAAACAGUUUAUUACUUAUUGUCGAAAAAAUAACAGCUUGUCACCAAUCACUAUUGACCGUUUUGAGAAAGAAUACCAACCUCAGUCAGCUAUUUGGUGGUACACUUACCCAACAUUCAUCUAUUCUGAGCUGAACGAUGCUCUACGUUCUAUGGACGGCGAUAUCAUUAUAAAUAUGGAUUUUUUCAUUCAUGAUCUUCACCAACAAAUCCAACAACUAUACCAACAGCAAGUUAAUAGUUAUCAUGGCAAACCAUUCAUCGUUUAUCGGGGUCAAGGUCUUUUAAAAUCAGACUUCAAAAAACUUCAGAAAAUACAAGGUGGACUUAUGUCAUUUAACAAUUUCUUAUCAACCAGUAUAGAUAAAGAAAUGCCUCUCGCAUUUGCUGAAAGUGCUUCGACACGACCGGAUAUGGUGGGCAUUCUCUUUAGCAUGUCCAUUGAUCCUUGUUUAAAAUCAACACCGUUUGCCUCCAUCAGAGAAGUGAGCUAUUUUAACAUACCUGACGAAAUCCUCUUUUCAAUGCACACCAUCUUUCGAGUGGGUGCAAUUAAACAAAUGAAUAAUAACAAUCAACUUUAUCAAGUUGAGUUAGAAUUAACAUCGGAUGAUGACCAACAACUACGAUUACUUACUGAUCGGAUACGAGAAGAAACUAGUGACAAUACUGGAUGGCAAAGAUUAGGUAAAUUAUUGUUAAAAAUCGGCCAAUUUAACAAAGCUGAAGAACUAUAUAACGUAUUACUCGAACAGACAUCUGAUGAAGGUGAAAAAGCACUUUAUUAUAAUCAGCUUGGAUCUGUACACUCGAAUCAAGGUGAUUAUGAAAAAGCUAUUUGGUAUUACGAAAAAGCACUUGAAAUUGAACACAAAGCUUCUCCUUCAAGUCAUCCUUCAUUGGCUACUUUAUAUAAUAACAUCGGCAGUGUGUAUAAUAAGAUGGGAGAAUAUCCCAAAGCACUUUCAUAUUACGAAAAAGCAUUGGAACUUCAACAAAAAAUCCUUCCUUCAAAUCAUCCUGAUUUGGCUAUUUCGUACAACAACAUCGGUAAUGUAUAUAACAACAUAGGAGACUAUUCAAAAGUACUUCUGUUUUACGAAAAAGCAUUAGAAAUUCGACAUAAAACCCUCCCUUCGAAUCAUCCUGAUGUGGCUACUUCAUACAACAAUAUCGGCAAUGCGUAUAAUAACAUGGGAGACUAUUGGCAAUCCCUUUCAUUUCUCGAAAAAGCACUUGAAAUUCAACAAAAAACUCUUCCAUCAAAUCAUCCUUAUUUCGCUAGUUCUUAUAACAACAUUGGUUUCGUGUACGACAGGAUGGGGAACUAUUCGAAAUCACUUCCAUUUUACGAAAAAGCACUUGAAAUUGAACAAAAAACUCUUCCUUCAAAUCAUCCUCAGUUGGCGGAGUCAUAUAACAAUAUCGGUAAUGUGUAUGACAACAUCGGAGAGUACUCUAAAGCACUUUCAUUUUACGAAAAAGCAUUAGAAAUUCAACAAAAAACACUCCCUUCGCAUCAUCCUGAUUUGACUACUUCAUACAACAACAUGGGUAAUGCGUAUAAUCAGAUGGGAGAGUACUCGAAGUCACUUUCACUUUACGAAAAAGCAUUAGACAUUCGACAAAAGACCCUUCCUUCGAAUCAUCCCGAUUUGACUACUUCAUACAAUAACAUCGGCAAUGUUUAUGAUAGUAUGGGAGAGUACUCGAAAGCACUUUCAUUUUACGAAAAAGCAUUAGAAAUUCAACAAAAAACGCUCCCUUCAAGUCAUCCUAAUUUGGCUACUUCAUACAAUAACAUCGGUUAUGUGUAUGACGAGAUGGGAGAGUACUCAAAGGCACUUUCAUUCUAUGAAAAAGCGCUUGAAAUUCGAGAAAAAACUCUUCCUUCGAAUCAUCCUUCAUUGGCUAAUUCAUACAGCAACAUCGGCAAUGUGUAUGAUAGCAUGGGAGAGUACUCGAAAGCACUUUCAUUGUACGAAAAAGCACUGGAAAUCUUUAAAAAAACUCUUCCUUCAAGUCAUCCCUCAUUAGCUACCUCAUACAGUAACAUCGGUAAUGUGUAUAACCAUAUGGAAGAGUACUCAAAAUCACUUCCAUUUUACGAAAAAGCACUGGAAAUUAUGCAAAAAAUUCUUCCUUCAAAUCAUUAUUUAUUGGCUGCUUCAUACAACAACAUCGGUAAUGUGUAUAACAAUAUGGGAGACUAUUCGAAAGCACUUCCAUUUUAUGAAAAAGCACUUGAAAUUCUAGAGAAAACUCUUCCUUCAAAUCAUCCUCAUUUGGCUAGUUCUUACAACAACAUUGGUUUCGUGUACGACGAGAUGGAAGAGUACUCGAAAGCACUUCCAUUUUAUGAAAAAGCUCUACAAAUUGGACAAAAGAUCCUUCCUUCAAAUCAUCCUGAUUUGGCUUAUUCAUACAACAAUGUCGGCAAUGCAUAUAACAAUAUGGGGGACUAUUCGAAAGCACUUUCAUCUCACGAAAAAGCACUUAAAAUUCGAGAAAUAACUCUUCCUUCAAAUCAUCCUUUAUUGGCUGCUUCGUACAACAACAUCGGUAAUGUGUAUUAUAAUAUGGGAGAGUACUCGAAAUCACUUUCACUUUACGAAAAAGCAUUAGAAAUUCGACAAGAAACUCUUUCUUCAAAUCAUCUUGAUCUGGCUACUUCAUACAACAACAUGGGUAAUGCGUAUAAUCAGAUGGGAGAACACUCUAAAUCACUUCCAUUUUACGAAAAAGCAUUAGAAAUUCAACAAAAAAUCCUCCCUUCAAAUCAUCCUGAUUUAACUACUUUACAUAACAACAUCCGUAAUGUGCAUAACAAUAUGGGAGAGCACCCAAAAGCGAUUUCAGUUGAUGAAAAAGCACUUGAAAGUGAACAAAGUUCUCUUCCUUCAAACCAUCCUUCGUUAGCUAUUUCAUACAGCAACACCGGUUUACUGUAUGACAAUAUGAGAGCGUACGGGAAAGCACUUUCGUAUUAUGAACCUGCUCUGGACAUAUUAAAAUAUGCAUUAUCUGCAACUCGUCCUCACAUAGAAACUGUAAAAAAGAAUUUUGAACUUGUAAAAGAAAUUAUAAAAAAUAUUUUAUAA